AUGUUCAAGCGCUCUUUCCGGUCCAAAGACGCCGGAGUCAGCGGCGGCAUGGACACGCAACAUCGCGUGGACAAGUCGUCGAGGUUGACGAGGAAAGGAGGUGCCGGUGCCGGUAGUUCGAGCUCAGGACGGGAUCAACAGAAGCUGUCGAAACUACAAAGGUCGUUCUCAACCAAGAAGGAGGAACCUGCGCGCGCUAGCGCCAAGUCCCUCGCCCCCUCACCCAUAGUCACGCUAGCCGUGGGCGAGGAAGGACGACUCUUUGCGGCGCACGAGGAUGUUCUCUGCCAGAGCCCUUUCUUCGAAGAGCUCUGCAGAGGUCAGUACCUUGAGUCGCAGAGCAAGAGAAUUUCUUUACCGGAGGAGGAGCCGGAAGUGUUUUCCGGCGUGCUGGAGUACCUCUACAAGGGCGAUUACUACCCCCGCUUGCUUCACAACAAGCACCGAAACUCUUGGGAACUCGAGGAUUCCAACGCAACAACAUCACGCCGAACCACACCGCAAACUUCCCCCAACCCCAACGAAAACAACCGAGGUGGCCGCGCGAGCGGCGGUGGCAACAGCUACCAACCAGUCGAGGCGACCGUCUAUGUGGCCGGUGAAGGGCAGCACGUGCUGCGCGACACGGCCAUCUACUGCGCGGCAGGGCGGUACGGGCUUGAGGAGCUCCAGCGGUUGGCGUUGCGCAAGCAGGGCCUCCAAUCCGGCAUCGACGUCGGCACCAUCCUCAGGUCAGCCCGGUACUGCUACGCGCACACGCCCGACUCAGACAGCCGCCUGCGCGCCCACUACCUUGCGCUCAUCAUCCGAUGCAGGCGCACUUUCAAACGGAGCGGCACCAUGCAGGCCGAGAUGGAGCGCGGCGGAGAGGGCUCCAAGAUGUUUUUCGACUUGUUUGUCGCCAUGUGCAACCACCUCGACGAGGUCAUUGAGGACGGCAACGCCGGUUCCCCGAGGCUAAUCUGA